GAGCCGUGACGUCACUCAUCGCCUGUUCUGCCCGCAAGAGUUGGAACAGCCCACUCGCUAGCUAGCCGCAGUCCGUUCGCCACGCGAUGGAUUUGAACGUGAAAAAGCUCGCCGCUGGUGCUGGGUUGCUUUUUACACGGGCUGUUCAGUUUACAGGAGAGAAGCUGGGCCAGGCGGAGAAGACCGAGUUGGAUGCUCACUAUGAAAACCUAAUGAGCCGCGCGGACUGCACCAAAAACUGGACCGAGAAGAUUUGCAGACAAACCGAGGUCUUGCUGCAGCCCAACCCAAUUGACCACACCGGUGCUAGAAUUGAAGAGUUUCUCUACGAAAAGUUGGACAGGAAGGCACCAUCCAGAGUUACCAAUGGGGAACUACUCGGUCAUUAUAUGGAGGAGGCUGCUAAGGAAUUUGGUCCUGACACGCCGUAUGGGAGCCGUUUACUCGAGGUGGGAGGAUGCGAGCGACGAUUAGGAACAGCCGAGAGGGAGUUACUUCAUACGUCAGCCCUCAGUUUUCUUACACCCCUCAGGAACUUUCUGGAAGGAGACUGGAGGACCAUCGCAAAAGAGCGGCGUCUAUUGGAGAAUCUCCGCCUCGAUCUGGAUGCUGCCAAAGCACGUUUGAAGAAGGCCAAAGCAGCGGAGGCAAAGGCUGCGAUGGCGCCAGAUUUCCAGGAGACCAGACCGCGCAACUAUGUGCUCUCUGCCAGUGCCUCUGCCGUAAGAAGAUUCUGCUUGACUACAACCAACUGGAAGUUCACAACUGUGGGGGAAAAUAGAAAGCGAACACAUUCAUCUUCAUCCAAACCAACGACUGUAUUGUAUUCUCAUACUGUAACUCGGGUGAAUUGGUGGGAGGGGGAGUGCCGAGUUCAGGUCGUGACGUGGCAAUCUUUUUUUUUUUUUCCCGCUUGCCACCCAGUCCCCAUGCCCCCUUGCCGGCCAUUAUGGAAAUAUCUUUGGAGUGACGAAGUUGAAAAGGCUGAACAUGAACUCAGGGUUGCCCGAACGGACUUUGACCGACAAGCCGAGGUCACGCGGCUUCUUUUGGAGGGCAUCGGCAGCACACACGUGAAUCACCUCCGCUGCCUGCAUGAGUUUGUGGAGGCCCAAGCAACUUAUUAUAAGCAGUGCCACUGCCACAUGCAAGAGCUAAAGACAGAACUUGGAAGACUUCCAAAUGCUUUUGCACAUGACUCCACCGGCUCCAUGGCGACCGCAGACUUGACAUCGGGAGGAUUCAACAACACUGUUGAGACGGAGACCCUGAAGAUUGAGGAAGCGCAAGCACCUGCUGCAGGAACGCGCAAAGCCGGUCCUUGAUGAUUCCGAGGCUGCCGACUCUAACACGGACCCUUUCCGUUCGCCAAAGACGCAGAGUACGACGCAGCACGGUGGGACCCGAGAGACGAGGCGUAAUUACCAUAUGGCAAAUCAACGAGAUUAACGUUUGUCUGUCUACCUUACUAACAUGAUGUUAGCCCUCGGGCUGCUCGCUGUUAAUUGUGACGACCAUCGAAUUCCGAAGGUGACAAAUACAGUAUAACAUGAAUCUAGCAACCAGAAAUUACUUUUAGGGUGCUUAAAAGUUUUGCUCAGUUCAGGCAGGGUGACAUACGUAUGGCCAGUAUUCUAGGAUCUGAUCUGUAAGUGGCUACGUUUUGAGUCAACGGGGUGGAAAACGUGCCAAAGGUGUUGGGAUCGGAAUGAAGAGUCAAAUGGGUUAUUUACCCAGAGGAGAGUUUUGGGGAAGUCAGAUGGAGGAAAUAUUUGUUUCCUCUUGAGGUGUCUUCUUUUUAGUCUGAAAAAACUGAGCACUUCCAAAACUUGGAGUCGUACAAAGAAUGUCUUAUUCCUAGUCUGCCGGUCUCGCUCAAAAAUCCACAAGCAUGAACCGAAUGUAUCAAUUUGUCACAAAAAGCAAACAUGUUAGCUGAAGUGUAUUUGCACAACGGCCGUUAAUGCCUUAUCUUGUAUGCCCAAUGUGAAUUGAAGAAAUAAAAACGGUCGAUUAUACAUAAUAAUAAUAAUAAAAAUGAAAAAAAAAGAAGCAAGUUUGUCGCACGUCAUUCAGUGAAGGAUUUAAUUUUUUCAGGAUGUUCACAGCGAUGCACAUUGCACACGCUCUCCUGGGCCACAGAGAGAAGACUCGGGGGCGGCCACCCCUUUGUCUCCGUUCAUUGGCAGUGUUAGGGUCGUCAGCCGCAAGGCAUCUGGAGGAGGAUAAAGUCAUCUCGGUUUAGCGCGAUUUGACGCUCAACGUUAUAAAUCGAGCUAUUUUGUCUCGUAGAGGGCACCACGUCACCUUUUAUACGUUAGGGAAAGCGACAAGAAACCUUUUAUCAGUCUCAUAAUCUAAAGGUUGCUACAUUUUAUGGCAUACAGUGGGUCCGGAAAGUUUUCAGACCCCCUUGAAUGUUUCACUCUGUGUUAUAUUGGAGCCAUUUGUUAAAAUAAUUUAAGUUCAUUUUUUUCCUCAUUAAUGGACACAAAGCACCCCAUAUUGACACAGUGCAUGUCAGAGCGCCAAUGAGGUCAAAGGAACUGCCUGAAGAGCUCAGAGAUAGAAUUGUGGCCAAGGUUACAAAAAACAUUCUGCUGCACUUAAGGUUCCGAAGAGCACAGUGGCCUCCAUAAUCCCGAAAUGGAAGACGUUUGGGAUCAUGCAUGCUGUGUGUGCAGCAUCAUGCUGUGGGGGUGUUUUGCAGCUGCAGGGACAGGACGACUGGUUGCAAUCGAAGAAAAUGACUGCCCGCCCAUCAACAUUUACCAUCCAACCUGACAGAACUGAAGACCAUCUGCAAUGAGGAAUGGCAGAUGAUCCCCAAAUCCAGGUGUGAAAAACUGCAUCAUUCCCAAAAAGACUCUUGGCUGUAUUAGCUCAAAAGGGUGCUUCAAAUACUGUGCAAAGGGCCUGAAUACUUAUGCCUGUGUGAUAUUUCCAUUUUUCU